GGACAAAAGGCCUUCCCUUAUCCCCUUCCCUCUCCCCCCGCCCGAGCCAUUCAGCUCACUUGUUUUCUCUGUUCUUGGCUCGGGAUAGAGGAGUUCUUGCUCAUUUCUUCACCACAUUUGUGAAGAUCUUUGAUUCCCCGUCCAUCCAUCUGCUCUAAAGGUUUGGGGCUUGUUUUUCUCUUCUUCCUUGGCUUGUAUAGCUCAUUUCAUACUUUAGAAAUAGAGAAAAUGUGUAGCUAGCUCAUUUCUUGGACAUUAUUUUGCUAGCUAGAUUGCAUAUAUAUGUAGGCGUAAUUUUCUUUUAGAUUUAGAUGAGUAUAUGGAUAGUAGAAAUUUUUAGAAUGAGUGUAGAUACUUCAUGUGAUGUACUUGUAUAUAUGACCAUAUUGUGGAUAGUUGAUUUUUUUAUUCGUGAAUGAAUUAAUGAAAUGAGUAUAUUAUAGAAUUUUUUGUAUUAUGAAUGGAUUAUUUUGACACUCUAGUGAUGUAUUUAAUCAGGCUCACAUUGAAACCAUCUAGAAGCUAAAAAAAUCUUUAUUUCGAAACAAGUAUACGUCGUUAAUCUCCAUCCAACGGUGAUGGCACUACCUUUCAGGGAUACACGAUGCGCUAUAAGGACGUCGCAAAUCGGUUGGUCGCAUCACCAGCACUUCCGAUUGAUAAGAAGACAGCAUUUGACGCAGUCAGCAUGCCGUUGUUGUACUGAGAGCAUAUGAACGAGCAUGCUGCCUGUGCCAAGUGCUGUGCCUAUUAAUCGUAAAUGUUGGUGCUGCGACUAGCCGAUUGGUGACAUCCUUGUACCGCACCGUGUCCCCCCGAAAGGCAGUGUCAUCACCGCAGGGUUGAGGUUACUGACAUAUACAUUUUCAGAAAUAAAGGUUUAUUUUUCUUCUAGAGGGUUUCUGGAUAUUGAAAAGAGUGUACUCCUGGAACUGAAGGGUGUCAAAGUAAUUAGAAGUUAUAGAGAUUUCUUUCAAUUAAUUAGAGAUUUCUUGAGGAUUAAUGAUACAUUUCGUCUUUUUUUAUAUAAUUUCAUUGUUAUUUGCAAGAGUUAUUAAUCUGAUCAUUGUAAUUGUAAUAGUAAAUAAUUUUUGCUUUGUAAUGGUAAGAAUUUAUAAUUUUGUGGAAAAUAAAGGUAUUUUUCAGUAAAAUAUGGCUUCAACAGCUGGAGGGAGUGGCGCCGGUGGGGGUGAUCGUUGUCCUUCUGGAGAGAAGGGCACAACUCGAGUAGGUCGUCGGUCCAAAAAACCUAGUGCUUUUCAUAGGGCAGCGCUCCGUUAUUUGGAAAAAGAAUAUAGAGAAUGCAUGGCAAGGGGCGAGGAACCUCCGUUUGAUCUUGAGGAUUUAUUGCGGCGUUACGGUUCGUCACCACCAAACUCGGAGGUUUCAGCUCCGCCAUCUUAUUCUGCGCCAGCAAGAAAUCCGUUAGAACAUUCUGCGUUCCAACGCAAGGACGGUUGAAAACCUAUGUGUUGUUGACCGAAUUUUUAAAUUUCAUGUAUAGUACUCCUUUGUUAAGUUCUGUAAUGGAUUAAGUACCCCUUUUAAUUAAUCAAGAUGUAUGAUAGAUAUUGCAUAUCUUUUAAUUAUUCAUGUUAUGUUACAUUUAGUUUAAUUUAGGUUUGAUAUAUUUUAUUUAUUCGAUACGUGUAAAGAAUUCAAAUCGAUUUAUUUAAAAUGCAGAUGGACCGGCAAUGGAUGUACAAUGCUGACCGACGUUCGAAAGAAUUCAUUGAUGGCCUGCAUUAUUUUUUGUCUGUGGCUGAGGCAAACAAGCAGAAUGGUUUUAUGUGCUGCCCGUGUGUUCAUUGCAACAAUAACAAGGAUUACUCAUCUUCAAGAAUCCUACACAGCCACAUUUUCGCAAAUGGUUUCAUGAAAAAGUAUGUUUGUUGGACGAAGCACGGAGAACAGGGGGUUACCAUGGAAGACAAUGAAGAAGAAGAUUUUGACGACCACUUUCCCGGGAAUGCUGGAAUCGGUGCAUUCGAUGACGAUAUUCCCAUGGAAGAGCCCGAAGUAGAUGUAGCAGAAAAUGAUCCCAGCGACGAUCUGGGGCAAGCAUUGCACAAUGUGCAGGCAGACUGUGAGAGUGAAACAGAGAGGUUGAAGUUCCAGAAGUUGUUAGAGGACCACCAUAAGUUGUUGUACCCAGAUUGUCAAAAUGGAUUUAAGAAACUUGGCACCACCUUGGAGUUGCUGCAAUGGAAGGCGACAAAUGGUGUAUCCGACAAGGGAUUUGGUGAAUUACUCAAACUUGUUAAAAAAAUGCUUCCUAAGGACAAUGAAUUGCCUGCCACAACGUAUGAAGCCAAACAACUUGUUUGCCCUUUGGGACUGGAAGUGCAAAAGAUACAUGCAUGCCCCAACGACUGCAUCCUCUACCGAGGCGAGUACGAGAAUUUGGAUGCAUGUCCCGUAUGCAGUGCAUUGCGUUACAAGAUUAGAAAAGAUGAUCCUGGAGAUGUCGAGGGAGAGCCUCCCCGGAAGAGAGUUCCUGCGAAGGUCAUGUGGUAUUUGCCUAUAAUACCACGUUUGAAGCGUCUGUUUAGAAAUAAAGAUAAUGCUAAGUUGAUGCGAUGGCACAAAGAGGAACGCAAGAAAGACUCGAUGUUGAGACACCCCGCUGAUGGGUCGCAGUGGAGAAAAAUAGAUAGAACGUACCCUAAAUUUGAUUUGGAUGCGAGAAACAUAAGGUUCGGUUUGAGUACGGAUGGCAUGAAUCCUUUUGUGCUUAUCCCGGGUCCAAAGCAGCCCGGAAAUGACAUUGAUGUGUACCUAAGACCAUUGGUCGAAGAACUCUUAUUGCUCUGGGGCGAUGAAGGUGUACGGAUGUGGGAUGAAUACAAACAGGAAAACUUCAACCUACGAGCAUUGCUGUUCGUAACGAUCAAUGACUGGCCUGCUCUUAGUAACUUGUCAGGACAUUCGAACAAGGGAUACAAAGCAUGCACACACUGUUUAGAUGAUACCGAUAAUAUAUGGUUGACUCACUGUAAGAAGGUUGUAUACAUGGGUCAUCGUCGGUUUCUUCCCAUCAGGCAUGCGGUACGAAAGAAGGGCAAGCAUUUCAAAGGCCAAGCGGACCACCGAACAAAACCGAUGCACCGUAGUGGUAAAGACGUCUUCAACAUGGUAAAAGAUCUAGAAGUUGUUUUUGGAAAGGGAUCUGGUAGCCAACCUGUUCCGAACGAAAAUGGAAUGGCGCCCAUGUGGAAGAAGAAAUCUAUAUUUUGGGAGCUACCAUAUUGGGAAGUCUUAGAUCGAGAUAAUGGACGACAAUACUUAAGUCCUGCCAGCUAUACUCUUAGCAAGGAAGAGAAAGAAACCAUGUUUGACUGCUUGAGCAGUAUAAAGGUUCCAUCUGGAUACUCAUCCAAUAUAAAAGGAAUCUUAAAUUUGGCAGAGAAGAAAUUUACAAAUCUCAAGUCCCAUGACUGCCAUGUGCUUAUGACCGAACUUCUUCCGGUUGUGCUGCGGGGGAUUCUGCCUGAUAACGUCCGGUUAACCAUCGUGAAGAUAUGUGCCUUCCUCAACGCAGUUUCUCAGAAGAUAAUUGACCCGGAGAAUUUGAUAAAGCUGCAAAACGAUGUGGUGCAAUGUCUUGUUGGCUUUGAGCUGAUAUUUCCACCAUCUUUCUUCAACAUCAUGACACAUCUUCUAGUGCACCUUGUCAAAGAGAUUGAUAUUCUCGGACCAGUAUUUCUACACAACAUGUUCCCAUUCGAAAGGUUCAUGGGGGUACUCAAGAAAUGUGUUCGUAAUAGAGCUCGUCCAGAAGGGAGCAUCGCCAGUGCGUACGGAACUGAGGAGGUCAUUGACUUUUGUGUUGACUUUAUUGAUGACCUUAAACUGAUUGGAGUCCCUGAAUCGCGAUAUGAGGGGAGACUAUCUGGAAAGGGUACAUUAGGAAAGAAAUCUUAUGUCUGCACAGAUGAUUUCUCAUUCAAGAAAGCGCAUUAUACGGUUCUUCAACAAUCAUCCUUGGUUGACCCAUAUAUCGAGGAACACAAGAAAAUUCUGCUCUCCAAUUUCCCGGAAAAGGGACCAUCUUGGAAUAUUUUAACAUACCAAGGGUACGAGAUAAAUGGAAACACAUUUUAUACGAUAGCCCAAGAUAAAAAGAGUACCAACCAAAACAGCGGUGUUCGUAUGGAUGCCACGGACAAUAAUGGAAAAAAAGACACAUAUUACGGCUACAUUGAAGAGAUAUGGGAGCUGGAUUACGGUCCCAAUUUCAAGGUGCCUCUAUUUCGUUGCCAAUGGGUUAAGCUAUCUGGAGGAGGGGUAACAAAAGAUGAGUAUGGGAUGACAAUAGUUGAUCUCAACAAUCUUGGGUAUAGAGACGAGCCAUUUGUCCUAGCCCAGGAUGUCGCUCAGGUUUUCUACAUUAAGGACAUGUCCAGCAAGCCAAAGAAGGGGAUCAACAAGCAAAAGGAUGAGCCUAAGCGACACAUAGUUCUAUCAGGAAAGAGAAACAUCGUUGGAGUGGAGGACAAGACAGACUUUUCAGAAGAAUAUAAUAAUUUUGUUGCCAUUCCAGCUUUCGAAGUAAAUGCUGAUCCAUGCAUCCUGCUAGCCAAUGAUGAUGCUCCAUACUUGCGCCGUGAUCAUAAUCAAGGGACAUUUGUGAAG